CAGGCAAUGAUCAUGGGUUGGGUUGUAUCAAGUGCGCAGCGCACGUGAGAUGCAUUUAGGUAGUUCUCGGAGAAAUAUCGGCCCGAGACGCGAUCUGGCUUGGAGCGCGUUCAGUGUGUGGAAGGUCAACAUUUGCUUCUAGUGCAGUACAUUCCGGGAAUCUGAUUGAAGAGAGACAAUGUUGAUCGGACUGUGCGGAGGUAUCUGCUCUGGGAAGCAAACCAUUGCAGACUACCUUGUCCUGCACCAUGCCUUUACGCAACUCCAUCUUCGACAAGAGCUCACGAAUGGGAACUCUUUAAAGACUUUGGAUAUCUCCGCGGAGAGUAAUGGAGCCAAGAGCAACAGUCUGGAAAGGAAAGCUCUGGUCAAUGGCACGAAUUCGAAGUCGGGGGGCACGUUUACCUUUGACACAGCAGACGACCUACUAGACUUUGUCACAAAGAAAUGGCAGGGCUUCUAUGUCACGACCGACGUACACUCGGAGGAGAUACUAGAUAAGCUGGACCGAAGACCUUUCUUCAUCUUGGUCAGCGUGGAUGCGCCUAUUCACGUACGGUGGAGAAGAUUCCAGGAACGAUUGCAGGCCACAUCAAAAGAUAUCCCGAGCCUCGAAGAAUUCGUGCUACAGUCCGACGAACAUCUGUAUAGCCCCGACGGGGGCCUUCUACCAUUAAUUUCUCGAGCUACUAUCAAACUUCUGAACACAUCGUCGGAUUUGGCUCAUUUUUAUGCGCGGCUCUCUGGAGUGAAUUUGCUGAACAAUGACAGACUUCGGCCUACGUGGGACCAAUAUUUCAUGCAAUUGGCGUCCCUUGGGGCACAGAGGAGUAAUUGCAUGAAAAGACGGGUAGGUUGUGUCAUAGUCGAGGACAAGCGGGUGAUCAGUACAGGUUAUAAUGGUACGCCGAGAGGUUUGAAAAAUUGCGCAGAUGGAGGAUGCCCACGAUGCAACGAGGGGCAAGGCUCUGGGGUAGGACUCGGAACAUGUUUGUGCCUACAUGCAGAGGAAAAUGCACUGCUAGAAGCUGGGAGAGGGAGAAUACGGAAAGGCACUAUCCUUUACUGCGAUACUUGUCCCUGCUUGACAUGCAGCAUCAAAAUUGCGCAGGUGGGCAUCAGCGAGGUUGUAUACAGUCAGGGAUACAGCAUGGAUGGAGAGACAGCAGAUGUCUUCAAGCAAGCUGGCGUCCGGCUUCGGCAGUUCAUACCACCUGCAAAUGGCAUGAUCCAUUUAGAGAGAUAAGGAAACGAUUUCCUUCUAUAGUUGUUCAAUGAUACCCCGAUGCUUGGCCACACUCCGACACGAGCUACUCGACCCAUACUCAGGACUCAGUGAUACUAGGUGGCUACGCUUUAUACUCAUUUCUCCUGCAUUUACUUGAGAUUCAGACGAAACAGAAAAUGUUCUCCAAUUCCUAGUUUUCACUGCUUCGUCUUGGCCUCCGUGGCGGUGCACAAAUUUGUACACAUUGAACAGGCUCUUACAGCUUUUUCCUGUUGCCGAAACGUUCCAUAUGCUGGCCCAUGGUGAUGAGGCUGUGCAACGCAAACGACGUCAGCUGUCUUGCCAAAUGGCAUCGGUGGACACUGAUCUCUUCCAAGUUUUUGGUUUUUCUUCAACCAUGUCCAAGCCUGCUCUCCAAUCCGCUUUCCCACUUGUGCUUUGUCAUCCACAAACCCGGAGCGUCUUCUCGCAGAUUUAUUGACAUAGAGUCUCUGAAGUCAGAUGUCUAACUUGAGUGAGCGUCGAGCUGAUAAUAGAUGGGAGAGUCUGGGAAAAGAGAUGUUGCAGGUUUAUAUCACCAAUCAAAAUACUGUUUCUGCCAGAAUGAAUCUGAUGGAGCAGAGUACGUACUCAUGGCUUCCAAGCGAUGAUGGAAGAUAAUGCUCAAAGAAUGGAGACACGAACCAGUCAGUGCUGGACAGGCAGAUCCUUGUCGUGAAGUAUGGAGGCGAGGGUUUCAAAGAAAGACAGCUGAGCUAUACUUCGAGGGCUGAAGAACGGAAAUGAGAGAAUCGAGAAUCUCAAGAAGAGAAUAUGUGCUGAAGAGCAUCUGCUGUUGCCGAGCGCAGAUAUCUGUACAAUACUAAGCCGUGGCUGAAUGUCUUACUGAUAGCUUUCCCAGAGAUAUCGGAGUACAUUAAAUACAAGUCUUCGCUGUCCGAUGUAGCC